AUGACAGCGACGGCAAAUAAACGCACCAGCAAACAUCCAAACAUCCGCGUCCAUUUGACAGGUAGUCUUCAGGACAAUCACUACUUGCUUCUCAACUCUAUCAGCGCACCGAGCUUCGUGAGGCUGAUGUCAGAUCUGCAUACAUUGGAAACCUUCAAUUUCAAGGGCGGAUGUCGUGGAAAUGAGGAGGAUAUAUACCAAGGAUACACUCGAUAG